AUUAAUGCAAUCUUGUGAUUUGUGCGCAAUUCUUUAAUUACCUUUACGCACCUUUUAUAAGUUUAAUAUUUCUUUCAAUAACUUAUUAUAACAUUACUAAACUUUUCUUUGAUUGGUUGCGUUAUUUAUUCAAAUCCGGUUAUGAAUUUGAUUGUUUCUUUUACUGCUUUAAUUAUAUUUAUUUUUGUGCCUGUUGUGAGUAAUUAUAGAAUUUUAGCAUUAAUUCCAUACAAUGGAAGAAGUCACUUCAUCAUGUUUGAACCCCUUCUUAAAGAAUUGGCUUCCAGGGGACACGAAGUUGAUGUUUUGAGCCAUUUUCCACAAAAAGAAAAAAUUCCGAGAUAUACCGAUUACAGUUUAGUAGGAACCCUCCCAGUGUUAGUGGGCAAUGUAAGCUACGAUUCAAUGACCCAUACGUUCUUCUUAUCGUUUUUACGAAUGGUUUUGAGUGAUUAUGGAUUGGAUAUUUGCAAGACAAUUUUUAAUUCUGAUGCUGCCACUGCUCUAAGAGAUUCAAAAAAUUCUUACGAUCUCAUCUUAACCGAAAUAUUCUUCUUCGACUGUAUGUACGGUUUUUCUCACCAUUUUAAUGCCCCUGUGAUCGCCAUAUCAACUAACGUCGAUUUUCCCUGGGGUGCCAGUAGAAUAGGGAACCCCACGAAUCCAUCGUAUAUUCCAAACUAUUUUCUUUCGUAUCUCAGUAAAAUGAGUUUGUGGGAAAGAACAUGGAAUACCAUUUACUAUGGUAUUACAUGGAUUUAUUAUGGUAUAUAUGGAUUGGAAUAUGGUACACAACUUACACGAAAUUUCUUCAACGACCAAUCCAUGCCUUCUCUAAGCAACCUGAUUUCGAACAAAACAAGUUUGAUAUUCAUAAAUACACAUUUUAGUAUCAAUUACGUUUCUCCAAAAGUACCAAACUUUAUUGAAAUUGCAGGGAUACAUAUUAAUCCGCAGAGACCACUACCACAGAAUUUACUAAAUGAGUUAAAUAUUGGCGAUAAUUAUAAGGGUGUUGUUUAUAUGAGUUUUGGUUCACUCAUUGCAGUAGAAACUCUUCCUUUAAACAUUUUACGAUCAUUUUUCGAUUCCUUUAAAGAAUUGCCCUACAAGGUCUUAUUCAAAGGGCCUCGGGAAAAACUUAUUAGCAAAGUCAAUGUCCCCAGUAACGUACAUUUCGAAAAAUGGAUGCCACAAAGGGACAUAUUAUGUCAUCCUAACGUAAAACUAUUUAUAUCUCAUGGGGGACUAAUGGGGACUCAAGAAGGAAUAUACUGCGGAGUCCCUACUCUGGGACUUCCAAUAUUUGCAGACCAAGAAUUAAAUAUUGCAAAUUCUCAAGCUAGAGGACUAGCAUUAAAACUGAAGUUUAACGAAAUCACCAAAGAAUCAUUCUUGACAGCUGUUAGAACACUUUUAGAAGAUCCCAGUUACAAAGAAAAUGCAGAAAAAACUUCUAAACUCUUUCGAGACCGACCUCAAUCGGCCCUGGAUACGGCCCUGUAUUGGACAGAAUAUACUUUAAAAUAUAAAGGAGUCCCACAUCUCAGAAGUGUCUCAGCAGAUUUAGCCUGGUACCAAUAUUACCUAAUCGAUGUGGCAUGUGUCAUUAUUUUUGUAAUUUUUUCCUUAACAACAUUGUGCCGCAUCGUGUUGAAGAAAAUUAGAAAAGUUUUAUCAAAACGUGCUUUUAAAAUGCCGGAUGUUAAGAAAAAAAAUUAAGUACAAUAAAAAUUAGCUAAUCCAUAUUUCAAAAUCAAAAAAUUGCGUAAAAACAUUUUAUUUUUAAUACUGAUAACAAAUUUGUACAAAAAACAUUAUUUAUUUAUACGUAAUAAAACUCAAAAAAUAUUUAUCUAAAAGUAUACGGUUAAGUUCAUAUUGUCUGAUACUUUAGGGGACCUGAUAUUAAUAUCUGAUACACUUUCGUCGCCCUGAAAGAAAAGAUUUUUAUGUAUCGCUGCACUUACACACAAGAACAUGUAUAAAAAAAUUACCACCUUGUUCUUUUACCUGAAUUAAUAAAGAAAUAAGUUGGA